GAAGUACGCGUUGCAUUACAGCCCAUUCGAAUCUAUUCUAAAUACACGGCCUGGAAAGUUUCACUCGAAUAUAUCACCUGAACUUUUCGUGCUCAUUUGAUGCGAUCUGAAGAGCUCUGUUCCCGUUGUUUUUUCCCCGUCGAGUUCCUUCCUCAACAGGCACUUGGCAUCGAGGAAGCUUGGGAGGCGCGGCGGGGCAGAACACCUGAGGAGCUUCCUGACCUACAAACUUCUUCAGGCUUUUACUGGGAAAUUACGGUGCUGAAAGAGAAAGGAAUCAAAGUCAUCAUGUCUGGAAGACGUAGAAUAGAAAAAUACGAACCAAUCAAUUGGCAUGAAAUCUUCCAGAGGAUUGACAGCGAUGGUGAUGGCUACAUCUUGCGGUCAGAACUGAAGAAAUACUUGCUUAAUACCCCUGUCAGUGAUGUUCCCUUAACAGAUGACAUGGUUGACAGUAUGCUAUACCAUGUAGAUUAUAAUAAUGAUGGGUAUAUUAACUUGCAAGAAUUUUAUGCACUGGUAAAUGUUCCAGUUGAUGCUGGCACACGCUCAGUGGUACAAAGAACACUUGUUGCAACAGCAUUCUCUCUUGCACCAAGAUCCCAAGUAUCUCAUGGAGAUCGGCAUUAUAUUGCUGAGUACUCCUGUUGCCCACCACCUUUGGUUAUUCCUUUGUUUUGUGCUGCUGAGGUAGGUGUAUUUAUAUACUAUGCUGUGAAUAUGGGAAAUGUUGGUCCGUAUUCCCCUGUCCCAUGGAAAUCUCCUCUGAUUUAUGAUCCUAAACGACGCCUGGAAGCCUGGAGAUUCAUCUCUUACAUGUUCCUUCAUGCUGGUUACGUCCAUCUGCUGUCAAAUGUAAUGGUGGCUUUGUUUGUGGGCAUUCCAUUGGAGAUGGUUCACCGUUGGUGGCGACUCCUCAUCCUGUACCUUGCAGGAGUUAUUGCUGGAUCUCUAGCUGCUUCUAUGUUUGAUCCACAUUCAUACUUGGUCGGUGCCUCCGGUGGUUGUUAUGCCCUGAUUGCUGCCCAUUUGGCCAAUGUCAUCAUAAACUGGGGAGAGAUGCCAUUCAACUGGGUCCGGCUCCUGGUCCUGAUCACACUGAUGGGGACUGACAUUGGAGUCUUUGCCUACAUGACUAUCACCAGCUCAGACACAAGGAUCAGCUAUGUAGCUCAUCUUGCUGGAUUUGUAGCAGGUUUGCUGGUGGGAAUGGUUACCUUGCGAAAUCUUAAAGAGCACCGUUGGGAAGUUAUCCUGAAGUGGAUUGGGCUCUCCAUCUUCCUCAUGCUCAUUGUUGCAGCUGUUACCAUUCACGUUGCAUUCCCAGACCUUGUUGGUCUCUAUUCCCCUGAGAAAACUAUUUAGUUGGAUCUCUGUACCAAAGGAUACAGAUAUUAACUUGGGUUAAUAUUUGUCAUUAAUUCUUCAUGUGGAACAAUUCCAUCACACAGGGAACAAUGAAGUACAAUAACUGAUAAAUAUCCGCAUAACUGUAGAUGAUAAUGAAUAUUAUCAGUAAACGAAGCAGUCACAUAUUAUGCCAUUUCACGUGUUGAAGAUUUCCUUCAGAUUUAUUAUCUUGCUUAUGUAGGCAUUAUCUUCCUUCUUACUUGUAUGCCUAUGCCAUUGUGGUAACUGCCUCCAUAUUUUUCAUAACUAAGAAACAUAGGCUUCUGCAUGUUAUGUAAAGUAUCUUACUCUCCUUUGAUAUUGUGUAUUGCAUUGAACACAUCCAGUCAGUAUUUGAUGCGGCGGUAAGCAAUUUUACAAUCGCAAAAUUAUUCUUGACAUUUUAUUGGUAUUGUUUACAUGAGGAAUUGUUUAACCGUAAUUACUUAUUAUUUCUACGUCUUCAAAAUUGGUAAUCCAUUCGUCGGAAAAAAUGGACCUCUGUGAUUAGGAUUUAUUUUCCUCUGAUUAUUUCUUUAAGAUAGAAAGAGGAGUUUAUUUUGAAACGUGUUUGCAGUCACCAUUUGGACAUUGUAUUAAUUUAAUUAAAAUAGGACAUCUCCUUGUAGUGAAAGACGUACUAGGAAUAAAUGCAAGACAGGAAAAGGAAUGGGAAAAUUAUAUAGAAUCUCAAGCAGUAUGUGAUAAAUUCCUGUAAAAAUCAAGUUUUUGUUUUGUGCACGAUCUUCCAUCCAGCACAUUUGCUCAAAUGGUGAAGCAUCUGUUGUGUGAUAUUUUCCCAUAAAUAACAUUUGAAUCUCAUUUUCACUGUAUUAACAUUUCUGUAUUAGAGGGCCCCUUUCAUAAACCUAGUUUGGUAUAUAUUUAUGCAAAUGUGUUAUCAGUGGUUGUUAAUCUGCAGAUACAAAUCAUGUAAAAAUAUUACAUAUUACAUUAUUUUAUGAAUCUCACAUUUUCCUGUAACCAAAAUAUGAAGUUGUACUUUCAUACUUGCAGUAUCAAAUGAGACCAAAUCUCCACAUUAUAUAAAUAUAAUUAUAGUUUCUAUUAUAGUGUAAUAUAGCAUCUUUGUUUUUCUAAAGGAAAGAGCAUAGGUUGUAGAAUACUCACCCUGUAGAAUCUAAAAUAUUUUUUGUUAUUCUUUAUGUUAGCUUUGUAUGACUGAGGAAUCUCAUAGAUCUAACAUGAUUUUGCCAUAAUGAUUGUGUGAAUGUUGCCAUUACUUUCUUGGACAUUAAAAUUUAAUUAAUAUUUCUGUUCAUUUGUACAAUCACAGUCUUAAAAAAUACUAUUACGAGAAAAUGGUAAAGGUAAUCGAGGAAGAAGAGUUACGUGUACAGUUUUUCCCUCUUGUUAGGAAAAGAUAUAAGUGCCUACCAUUUAUAGAUUUUUAGUAUUUUUUAUUGAUACUAUAGGUUGAUUAGAGGAAUUUUGUAUGCUGUUAUAUACACCACAAAACCCA